CCUCCAUGUCUCCCUCGCUCGCCCCGGUUCUCUUCGGUACAAACCCUCCAGUUCUCUGACCGCCUGCUCUCAGUGUGUGUCCGUGUGUGUCCCCGGGUGACAGGGAUGCUCAGGUUCUGGUUUAAAGCGGCGGUGGUCCUCUGGCUCGCCCCCGAGUGUUCGGGAGCUGCAGCCCGGCUGUACACGGAGGAUGACCCGUUGGUGAUCCUGAGCGGCAGCAGCCUGAAGCCCACCGUUAGUAACUCGUCCUCGGCCUGGUUGGUACAGUUCUACUCCUCCUGGUGCGGUCACUGCAUCCAGUACUCCAGCACAUGGAAGACACUUGCCCUGGACGUUAAAGACUGGCAUCCUGCCAUCAGUGUGGCGGUAGUGGACUGUGCUCAGGAGGAGAACUUUGACGUCUGUAAAGAGUACAGCAUCAAGUUUUACCCAACAUUCAAAUAUUUCCAGGCUCAUGCUGCACCAUCAGACACAGGAACCAUUUACAGAGGUGCAGACAGACAGAUUCAGUCAGUGAGACAGUUGAUGGUUAACAUCCUGCAGAAUCACACCAGGCGGGACUGGCCAGAUCACUGUCCUCCUUUAGAAGCUUACAGCUCUGCGGAGCUGCUGUCUUUGUUAGGUCAAAGGUCAAAUCACUACACCGCUAUCAUCAUAGAGGAUCCGGCCUCUUAUGUUGGACGAGAGGUGAUUCUGGACCUGCUGCAGUUUUCUCAUGUGGUGGUAAAGCGAGCACUGAGCACUGAUCUCCCCCUGCUGGAUGCUCUGAAAAUCACAAGCUCCCCCUCCAUCUACCUGCUGCACCCCAACGGGACGCACACACUCCUGCAUGUAGAGAAGCGACUACGUUUCUUCUUUUCCUCAUUGCUGAGGACGUUACCUGGAGUUCAACGCAGGUUUAAGUCAGAAGGUGCCAGUAUUGGUCAGAUGGUGGCGCAGCCUGACAAACAGAGCACAGAACCAUGGAGAGAUUUUAACAGGUCCCAGGUGUACACAGCUGAUCUGGAAUCAGCUCUCCACUAUCUGCUGAGAGUCGAGCUGGCGACCCAUAAUAUCCUGAAGGGGGAGGAGCUAAAGGUCUUCAAAGACUUUGUCAUCGUUGUCGCAAAGCUGUAUCCAGGUGGUGGUUCAGUGGUGAAGCUGAUGGAGACUCUAUCUGAUUGGCUGCUCAGUCUACCACUGCAGCAAAUCCCCUACCAGGCCAUCCUGGAUCUGGUAGACAACAAAAUGAGGAUCUCAGGUGUGUUCCUGGGGAAGGAGCUUCGGUGGGUCAGCUGUCAGGGCAGCAGGGCGGGGCUUCGAGGUUACCCAUGUUCACUGUGGACUCUCUUUCAUGUUCUGACUGUCCAACAUGAUGCCAAGCCUGCCACACUGAAAAACACAGGCCUGGAGAGCCAGGCGGCUCCGGUGCUGCAGGUGAUGCGUCGGUACAUCAGGACGUUCUUCGGCUGUGAGCUGUGCGGUCAACACUUCGAACAGGCAGCCGCUGUCAGUAUGGACAAGGUUCAAAACCAAGAGCAGCAGAUUCUGUGGCUGUGGAACCAACACAACAUGGUCAACUACAGACUGGCAGGCACACUGAGUGAUGACCCCCUCUUCCCUAAAGCUCCAUGGCCGAGCCCCUCCCUCUGCCCCUCCUGCCACGAGGAGAAAGAUGGCAUCCACGUCUGGAACCAAGACAAUGUCCUCCACUUCCUCCGACAUCACUAUGGAGCCUCCAACCUCUCCCCCAAAUACUCUUUGACUCCUCCGCGACUCCUUGCACCUCCUGCAAACCCCAAUCCUGUGCACACCGGCAAGCCUCAGGAGAAGCAACAAGGAGGGGGAGGAGAAGAGAGGAAGGAGGAGAAGAGAGUGCGUGAUGGGCAACAGCAGCCUCGGCCCGGUCUCCAGGCCCAGAAGGAGGAGGGUAGGAGUGAGGUGCCAAGGAGAGGAGGGGGUGGAGGAGGAGGAGCAGCAGCAGCAGUAGUACCAGCAGGAGGAGGAGUGUGGAUCCUGGGUCUGGAUUUUAACAGUGUGGACAUGAGUCUCUGUGUGGUCCUGUACAUCUGCUCCUGCCUCUUCCUCAUGCUCCUCUUCUUCUUCUUCAAAGUUAGAUCCAGGAGGUGGAGACUAAAAUACUCCCGCCUCCACGUUUGACAGGGUUGAUCUGGACCGGACUGGUUUAUACAGAGCUAUGUCAGUGUGAUCCAGUGUUUGUGUUUCUCAAACUUGCACAACUUGAUUCACCCAAAUCAUGAAAGGAACUGAAUGUAGUGAUCUAUAGGCAUCCUUGUGACCCAGAUUAACCCCACCCCCUUCUGAAGGUGUUGAAUUCUCUCCAUUCUCCUGAGAGCUAAAUGGAGAACCUGGUCUGGUCAGGUUUUAUUGUUUUUAUUCAGGUCAAAUGGAUAUGCGUCUUGUUUUUACUAGUCUCACGUCAGAUCCACAUUCUGUUCUCUAUUUACAACCUGUUGCACUGUGUUUCAUGUGGACUGGACCAGAAACAGAUUUGUGAUGGACAUGGACAGACCCCCAAACCUGGACUGGACUUGAUAAGAUUCUUUCUGUUGGAUGGAGUCUCUGAGUGCCAAACAUUUAACCUGCUGACAGUGUGUGUGUGUGUGUGUGUGAGACAGAGAGAAGCCUGUAUUUGUUGUUACUGUGUAACAUGGACCCGUCCUAAUGAAUUCAUCUCUUUUAGUCAGACUCACUGAUUGAUCGAGUAACGUUAUUGAUGGAGUGUAUAUAUUUAAUUGUUCUGUUUUUUUUUUGUUUUUUUUUGGCUAAUGUAGGUUUAUGACGAUUGGUUUAGUGACACCUGCUGGUAACGGUGUAAAUUCAAGACUUUACAACUUUGUAAUUACUUUUCUCAGAUGUUUUUUCUAAAGGAUAAAAGUAGGAGACAAAAGGAAGCCGUAUGUUGACCCAAUGUUCAAAUUUGAAAGUUGGAAUAUAAUGAUAACAUUAUAUUUCUACACAGUGACUUUUACUGGAAAUAAAAUUGCAACAACAUAAAUAUCGUAUUAAAUAUAGUAUUAAAAAACAUACAACGUAUGUUUUAAUAUGUUGAAAGGCCACUAAAUUUGACUGUUUUACAAUUCUAAUAACAGGUUUAAUGACAUUUUAUUCACCGUUUACUGUUUGUAGCAUUUUCACAUUGGCUUUUAUUGUCUGCUAUUUUCCAAUAAAAAAGAAACGGAGACAAGAGUGGAAAAAUAACAUAAAUAAAAUAGAUGGAUCCUGAUGUAGUCCAAAUAUUUUUGUAAAACUUGUGGUGGAUGUGGAGGUCAUGAGACUGAUGUUUGAAUGUUAAAGUUGAGAUUUUAUUCUUCAGUGUAAAUGAAAAUGUGUUUGUGUCCAAAUAAUUUGAACUUGUGCAAAUGUUCAAUGUUAAAAAGAAUAAAAAGAAUUAAAAAUU